AUGUCGAUUGUAUGCUCUGUUUUUAUGUCAAAUAUAUUCACUGUUGCAAUUGCCACAAUAUGUAUUGUAUCAAUUUGUUUGGGAGCAUUUGGAUUAUUAGUUUUGUGGGGAAUUGAUUUAGAUCCUAUUUCAAUGGCCACAACAAUAAUGUCAAUCGGUUUUUCUGUUGAUUUCCCCGCUCAUGUUACUUAUCAUUACUAUAGAUGUUCUAAAUUUGAUGAUGGUCGAAUGUUAAGUCCAGAACAAAGAGUUCAUGCUUCAUUAUUAGCUAUAGGAUUCCCACUUUUGCAAUGUGGAAUGAGUACAAUACUUUUUGUACUUUGUCUACUUUUUGUAGACACUUAUAUGAGUGAAGUUUUUGUCAAGUCAAUGUUCCUCGUUGUCUCUCUAGGUUUAAUUCACGGUUUAUUUGUUGUCCCUUCUAUGCUAUGUGCUCUCUCAAAUAUUAAUUUAUUGUUGGAGACAAUCAAAAAGGUUGAAGGGAAGAAUUAA